AUGAAUCUCAGCGAGACGCAGACAGAUUGCGGCAGCUGUAAUGAUGUUCAGAGUGGUUGGCGUGCUGGAAUUGACCACUGCAGCUGUGGCUUCACGCUCGCGCACUAUGCAGCCCGGGAAAAUCCAGAGUUCUUACCUAUGCUGCAAAAGGCAGGUGCAAACUUGAGCAUCGCAGACGCGGAUGGUCUUGGAGUGACGCCUGCGCAUUUGGCAGUCAUCCGCAACAGGUGGAAAUCUGGGAAGGACUGGAUGGAUUCCCUGCUGAAGCUACAUGAGGUCGGAGCCCGUCUGGACAUGCCUGAUAUCAAUGGCAGCACGCCGGCGCAUGUCGCGUGCCAGGAGCUAUCGGAAUCAACGGGCAAGAAUGUUACCGACGUGCUUUCUGAAAUUAACAUGUCCGGUGGAAACCUGACUCUGGUGGACCAUGAAGGCCGCACACCAGCACAUUAUUGUGCAGCUGGAAAAGGCAAUCCGAAGGCAAUUGAAUUCUUGUACAGUUUGGACCCUCAGGCUUUUGACAUCAGAGAUCAUCUCAACCAAACCGUGGAGGACAUGGCAGAGGCAGCCGGGUCGAUUGUGGAGGUCUUUUUUGCCAAGCUCAGGGCCGAUAAGCUCAAAUUAAGGGCGGAUGAGCUGGCAAAUGCCACUCUCAGGAUGGCACGCCUUUGCAGCAAGCUGGACAAGGAGGUCCAUGCAUUAUUCGACUGUGCAGAGCAAGUGAUCAAGAUCCCAGAGGGCUACGCCAUCACUCGCCAAAGAGCCAUCUGUCCCAAGGACGAUGACGAAUGUGCGGUGAAAUGCCCUAAUCCCAAAGCAUGCCCUGGUGGGUUGUACGCUCGUCAGCAGUGCUCUGCUGGAUAUGAUGUUAGAAGCGUGGGUUGCUCUCAGUGUGAUGUAGGCUUCGGCCGAAGCAACCAAGAUCCCUUUGUGUGUGGGCAGUGCGGAGACAUCUGGCAGAUGUGGACUGUGCACCUUGGCAAGCCCGUUGGGAUCUACAUUCUCAGCUUGCGAUCCGCCAAGCCGAACAGAGACCUCCAAAGCGUGCUCUUCAACAUGCUUCUCUCCUUUUGCACUGUGUCAGCGUCGCUAUGGCCAGCCAUCAAGGAUUCGCAGGCGUAUCACCACACACUCCCUGCAGUGCAAGCUGUGGUGAUGGCAGGUGAUGCAUCGAUGUCCACGACUACCCCGUGGCAUGGCCCAAGCAUGGAUUGCCUGCUUAAGGUGUCUCAGGCCCCAAUGACACAGUGGCUUUUGCUGACAGGUGGCGUGCCGAUUAUUCUGCUUAUUGCAUCACUGACAACGGCUUUGGUUGGAUCCUUGUGGUCGGGGCACCAGCUCGACAAGCAGCUUCUGCCAGACUUUAUAAAGCCUUGCCUCGUGUUGACAAAUUGUUUCUUGCCAGACCUCUUGGGAGCCUUGGUGCGUUUCGUGCCGUGCAUUCACUUCCAGCUGGUCGCAACCAGCUUUGAAAGCUAUGCUGUCACGGAGGAAUGUGCCGGGGUGGGCCGAAGAUAUGCCAUAUGUAUUUGUACGUUGCUGCUGGGAGCAGCUAUUGGGCCCGGAGCUUGGAUUAGCUUGAUACACCACCGCACCUCAAUGUGGCCGGGGGAAACCUGUCAGCAAUUGCUGGGUUUCCUGACCUCAGGAUACAGAGGUGAAUUUGCGUGGUGGCAGGCUGGAGUCCUCGCGCGCAAGUGCCUGCUGGUGACGGCCGCCUCUCUCUUCCCAAUGAGUUACUCCCCGAUGCUAUUCUUGGCAUGUGUGCUUGUCAUCAUGGGGGCAAGCCUUACUUGCCACACCUUGACCUGGCCCUACGAUGAUGCUUUCCUGAAUGCCUUAGAAUUUGGAACCCUUGUGUCGUCAACUUUGGCAGUCAUGGCAACAAUGCUGCUUUCACUGCAGCGGACGACUUGGAGCCUAGACUUCAGUAUCACGUGCCCCGUGCUAGUGUUGCUGCUGGUCCUUCUGAUGGUUCCAUUUGCAGUGCUGAUGGCUUUGUUCCUGCGCGAAGCGCUGAGGAAGGUGCAGCAUGUGAACCAAGGCGCGAAUGAAGACGCAAAGUAG